AUGAUAGGUGUAACGGAACUGGAUAUAUUGUUAUCUAGCCUUCCAAAGCUUGAAGCAGUUGAUCUCUCUUACAACGGCUUAUCUGUUGUGACAAGAAAUGAUGCUCACUAUGUCAACCCUGAUUUUUCUGUGUUAAGCUUGGCCUCUUGCAGUCUGACCGUGAUUCCACCUUUCUUAUGCGCCAUGAAAAAACUUCAUAUUUUAGAUCUAUCUGGCAACCGUAUAUCGGGUCACAUUCCUGCUUGGGCAGGGGAGAUUGGAGGAAACAAUUUGAGUUAUUUGGACCUCUCAGAUAACUCCAUAAUAGGCUUGCCAGAAUUCAGGUCAGAUAGAUUACAACAUCUUUAUCUGCAGUCCAACAUAAUUCAAGGACCAUUUCCUCAAUGGAUUUGCGUCAAGAGGCACCUUAAGUAUUUGGAUAUAUCAAACAAUAAUAUCACUGGAAUUGUUCCAAAUUGCUUGCAAAAUAUAAGCUCCUCUCUAGUGUCUCUUUAUAUCCAAUCCAACAUGAUUCAAGGACCAUUUCCUAUAACAAUUUGCAACAUGGCCAGCUUAUUGUAUUUGUUUAUGUCGAAUAAUAGCUUUCAUGGAGUGCUUCCAGAGUGCUUAGGAAACAUCACCUCCUCACUUGCAAUGAUGGAUUUGGGGGACAACAAUUUCCAUGGCAACAUUCCAAAAGUGUAUGGCGGCUAUUGUGAACUUGUAUGGCUUAUCUUGAACGGAAACAAGUUCGAAGGAGAGGUGCCAAGAUCCUUAGCCAAAUGCCAAUCCUUGAAACUACUUGAUCUGGGAAACAACCAGUUAAAUGGCACAUUCCCUCGUUGGUUAGGAUAUCAGCUUGAAAAGUUGCAGGUUCUUAUCCUCAGAUCAAACAGUUUACAAGGUACCAUUGAAACCCCUGCUGCAACGGAAUUCCUAUUUCCUAGUUUGCAUAUUCUCGACAUAUCCAAUAAUAGCUUUGUAGGUCGUCUUCCUGGAGAAUAUUUUGAAACUUUUAAUGCCAUCAAAGACGUGGACAAGGGCCCAAAAACAGAAUUUAUCAGUGGCUUGUAUUACUACUAUAUUGGUGCUCGGGAACCGAUUUUAACUACAAUCUCAGGUAUUGAUCUAUCCAGUAACAAAUUUGAAGGAGAGAUUCCAAAAGUCAUUGGUAACCUUAAAUCGUUGAGGCUUCUUAACUUAUCCCAUAACAACUUCAUUGGUCAAAUCCCACAUGCUCUAGGAAAUCUCUUUGAUAUAAAAGCAUUAGACCUAUCUUGGAACCGACUCGAAGGAGAAAUCCAUCAAAGCCUUACGAAAUUGCCCUUUCUGGCAGUCUUAAAUCUCUCACAAAACCAUCUCGUGGGGCGUAUUCCAGAAGGACAUCAGUUUAAUACGUUUGCAGAAGACACAUAUUAUGGGAAUCCAGGACUAUGUGGGUUGCCGCUACCAACACACAUACAUUGUAAACAUCUAAGUUCCCCACAAGUUGAAACCAAGGGAGGAGUGUGGAUUUACAUGGAACCGGUGAUGCUGGGACUCGGAUGUGGAACUCUACUUGGACUAGUGUGGGGAUAUCGCAUGUUGUCAACCGGAAGACCAAAAUGGUUCAAUGAAAUUGCUGAUGCAAGAGGGCAUACUCAUACAAGACGAAAGAACAGAAAACAUGGAGUACAUGUCAGGAAACGAACUUAG